AUGGCCAGAGGGUCUAGAGCGGUGGUGUCGUUGUCAAUCCUCACAUAUCCACUGGAAAACAGAAAUCAGGAAACUGAAUGUGUGAAUCUAAUAACAGAGAGAAAGAAAAAGACGGAUGUCAGUUAUGGUGAGGAAGAUAAAAUCAGUAACUUGCCAGAACACUUGACAGACUUGAUCUUAGAACGGCUUCCUAUUGAAGAUGCUGUAAAGACAAACAUAAUAUCAAAAAAGUGGAGGUACAGAUGGACCAAAAUGAGGGUGCUGGUUUUUGAUGACCAGUUUUCUAAAAAGUUUGCAAAAAACGGAGCUUUUGGUCGUAAUGGGUUUAUAAGGAUCAUUAUCCAAGUCUUGACCUUUCACAAAGGUCCUAUCUUGAAAUUUUAUCUUCAUAUACCAAAUAUAGUUCUUGAUAGCUUCCAAGAAGUCGAUCAAUUCAUGCUACUCCUAUCAAGAAACAGUGUCACGGACCUCGUCCUUACUAAUUCAAAUAAACGUUAUAAACUUCCUUCUCAUGUGUAUUCUUGUCUAGAAUUGAGAAAGUUGGAUCUGGAAAACUGUUUCUUUAAGCCACCACUUGAUUUUGAAGGAUUUCUCAAUCUUGAAGAACUUCUUUUCGAGAAUAUUGAUUUUGGUGCUAGGUUGUGUGGAGCUAAGAUCAACCUACCACAGCUUAAGAAGUUGUGCCUGGAAACGUGCACAAAAGUUUACAAUUUCAACAUCAAAGCUAUAAAACUGCGGAAUUUGACUGUCAUUGCAUGUCAUGAUGCCAUGUUGCUCCGGUUAUUGGACAGUCCAUGCCUUUUUGACGUUGUGAUUUCUUUGCAGAAGCCCAUGCAAAAUUUUGUACGAGUUGAAAAAAUGAAUUUGGCCACGGUGUUGAGUAGCUUGCCUAAAGUUAGAAAGUUUUGUAUCGACAGUCAUUUUCUUAAGUUUUUAUCUACAGAAGAGAUUCCAAAAUUGCUUCCAUGUGAGCUUGGUAGUUUAAGGCAUCUGUGGUUGCUAGAUUUUGAACUUGGUGAUUUGGAUCAACUCCAUGGUGCUCUUUGUUUGAUUCGAAACUCACCCAAUCUGGAAAGCCUGCAUAUGCAUAUGCUGCGUGUGCAGGAGGCUCGAGUUGAUGUGGGACCAGCUUCAGAUCAUUUGGAAUCCCCAAACUGUUUGGAUGGUACAUUGAACCGUUUGGAAACUGUGGAUAUGAAAUAUUUAGAAGGAUCAAGAGCGGAACUGCUUUUUCUGAAGCUUCUUCUUGCUUAUUCCCCUUUUGUCGAGGAGAUUACCAUCACACCAAGAGGAGUUCUUGAUGCUUUAAAAAUACUUGACAUUGCGAAGGAUGUUAUGUUGUUCCCUCGAGCCUCAUCGAAAGUAAAAAUUAUGCUCUUGAACCCUGAGAGAUAA